UCACUCGCAGGGGAUCAUGGGUGUUAGUAAGGAAGUAAAAUGGCGGACUUGGCAAACGAAGGAGGAUUGUGAGGUGAGGAGUAACAGUGAUUGUUAAAACAAGAGCUAGGGAUCAGAGAUGACAGCAUGGCUGAUGAGGAAAAACCUGCCAUAGCGCCACCGGUGUUUGUUUUUCAGAAAGACAAAGCUCAGAAGAGGUCUCUGGAUGGGUCCAGUGCUGAAGAUGGAGAGGAUUCGGAUAAAGAGGACAGUUAUAGCCCUCCUGUCAAGAGGGAGAGAACUUCGUCAUUAACACAUUUCCCACCUUCCAACUCUGUUUCCAAGAAUAAUGUGUUCAUGCCAUCCAGUUUUUGCCAGUCUCCAACUGGAAAUUCAGAUUCAGAACCAGAGGAGAAGACGGUUGGCUUUCGCUUGAAACCCCCAACGCUGAUCCAUGGCCAGGCCCCAAGUGCAGGCGUCCCCAGUCAGAAGCCCAAGGAGCAGCACCGGAGUGUCCUCCGCCCAGCCAUGCUGCAGGCACCUCCACCCAAGGCCUUCAGCCAGUGCAACUCAAAGGGCAGUACCAAUGGGCUGAACCAGCAGUCAGAAGGGCCGUCAGAUGCUCAGAACAACACCGAGCACUCCAGGGACAGCAAGGAGGACACAGAUAAGUCACCGGCAAGUGACAAAGCAGAGGAUGGAGCCAAGGCUCAGGGGGAGAACACUGUGGGAAAAGGGGCCCCACUGGAAGCCACGUUUGUCUUCGGGCAAAACGUCCGAGACCGAGCCAAGGUGGAGGAAAGCUGUGAUUCCUCGAAAAGCAAAGACACAGGGUCGCCAUCAACCGAUUCAGAGGAAACCAACUACUUUCUACAGUAUAUCAGCACCACGGGCGCCAGCCGGGCUGCCAACAAUGCCGACUCCAGUGCAAAGUUUGUGUUUGGACAGAACAUGUCCGAUCGUGUCCUGAGUCCCCCUAAAAGCGGUGAGGCAGUAGUGGAGGGCAGUAAAGACCCUCCACCAUCUGCUCCAGUCUCUGAGCCAGCUAGCUCCUCACAGGAAAACACCCCAGAAAAGGACACUGGCGCCGGCGGCAGCGGAGCAGAGUCGUUGGAGCAGUCUGCUGCUGCCUACACCAAAGCCACGGCCAAAAGGUGCCUGCUGGAGAAGGUGGAGGUUCGGACCGGGGAGGAGUCGGAGAGCAACGUGCUGCAGAUACAGGGCAAGCUUUUUGUGUUUGACAAGACGGCCCAGUCCUGGAUAGAGAGAGGACGAGGACUACUCCGACUGAAUGACAUGGCGUCAACAGAUGAUGGAACACUGCAGUCAAGAUUGGUGAUGAGAACCCAGGGCAGUUUGCGGCUGAUCCUCAACACCAAGCUGUGGCCUCAGAUGCAGGUGGACAAGGCCAGUGAGAAGAGCAUCCGCAUCACGGCCAUGGACACUGAGGACCAGGGGGUCAAGGUCUUUCUCAUAUCGGCCAGCUCUAAGGACACCGGGCAGUUGUUUGCAGCUCUCCACCACCGCAUCCUGGCGCUCCGCAGCCGCGCGGACCAGGAGCCCGAGGUCAAGGUGCCGCUGCCAGAGAUCACGCACUCCCAUGAGGAGGACAGCGACGAGGAGAACCAGCACACCUCCAGCUCGGGCAUGGCUGCCACCCCUGCGUCCGCGUCCACGCCUACGCCUUCCAGUGGUGAGGCUGAAGAAGGAGAAACUCAGUCUACAGAGAGCACAUAACCUCAGCUCCUCUCCUGUCCACCCACCUCUCUCUCUCUCUCUCUCUCUCUCUCUCUCUCUCUCUCUCUCUCUCUCUCUCUCUCUCUCUCUCUCUCUCUCUCUCCCCGUCUAUCUAUCUCUCUCUCUUUCUCUCUGUCUGUCUGUCUCUCUUUCCCUCUCUUUAUCUAUCCCCUCCUCUCAUCUUCCACACCCCCCCCCCCCCCCCCCCCCCCUUCCUUUCUCUUUCUGCGGAGCGAAGCAGACUACCCCAUUGCCUCAGAUGCAGCUCUGUCCUCCUGCAGACGGCUAGCUCCAGGCUGGAUCCUAUGCAGGCGUUUUCUCCUGCUCCACAUCUGUACAGUAGAUCUCCACUCAUUGGAGGGACAAGGGCCUGUGGAACUGCAGCACCUCUCGCUAUGGCUUGCCGAAGCCUCAUCAUAUUGAUGAGCGGAUGGGCGUCGGAAUGGAAGGAUCUGUAAAGGUGGGGGGGUGACUGAGGAUUUAUUUGCUUGUGGUUCACAUGUACAGAUUUCAAAGUGGUUCAGAUGUACAGUUUGGACAGUAUGCAUUUGAUCUGUCUAUCCACUAACUGAAAACAAAACACAGCAGUAGUAGUAGUAGUAGUCCUGAAGGCCUUGAAUUGUUUUGAGAGGAAGGGGAUCGGCCGGCUCUCAGAUCAUCAUUUUUAAACGUCAUUUCACAUUUCUUUUUUUCAUGGGAGUAAUAGCUGAAAUGCCUCUUUAUCUUUUAUAAAGACAACCUUUUUCUAGCUGUUCUCAGUCUGUUAAGAGAUUAUCUGCCCUCUGACACUUUGGACACUUUCCGUUCUUUUUCGUUUUAUUUCAAAGUCCUGUUUGGUCCACACACGCGCACACACACACACACACACACACACACACACACACACACACACAGACCCUUCAAUAGUAUCUUUGACUAAAAGUGACCUCAAAUGACCCCUUGGUUUCUUGGUUGCUUAGUACACCACUAAAUGAUUCUUUUUCACAUCAUAGUAAUGCAGUACCCCCCCAAUCCCCCCCCCCCCGCCCCCUCAGCAUUCAGAGCUGUUCUGGAGAUGUCAAUAUGGACAAGCAAACAGGUUUGAAAUGAGAAAUGGUAGUUCCUACUACUACUGCAGCCCAUGGAUGAAUGCCUCACCCCACCUACCCCAUCCCCGUCCCUCUUUAACUGUGUUUACAGUAGAAACAUAUCUCAUAUCUGCAACCUAUACUGCCAUUACUUGCUUGUUUGAGAGAGGUGGCAUUAUUACACACAGAGCAGGCUAAUUCAGUGUUCACAAAUACAAUGGUGUUUGUUCAGUACUUCUUAAAAGAGAGAUAGAUUAAUAAAAGUUGAUCUUAUUUCCUUCAGUGAAGCGUAGCUACCCUUUUUUUUUAAAUAUUUCUUUCCUCAGAGCAGUGAGAUGAAUACUCUUUAAAUCCUUGUAUUAUAUUGUACUCCUCAUCUUGUACUACAAAAAAAGCCUUUGAUGUGAAAAAUAUGUAUUUUAACUACAAAACCAGUACUAAGAAAAAGACAAAAAAAAUUACUUGUAGGAGUAUUAUCGGGUUUAAGAAGAUGUUGAGAUCUAUAUGUAUAUUACUGAGCAAGCAGCCUUGAGGUGUUGUAAAGAUAAUCUUCUUUAUUUUGUACUCUUUCUGGGCAAACUAUAGAUUUGUCACUGUUUAUACGUGUGAACGUGUUUGUUGUCUUCUUUCUUUCUUUUUUUGUCUAACACAUUCUCUACAUUCUGCUCGGCAGCAGAGACACAGGACCGUUCCUUUGGGCACAGGGCUCAGAUAUGAAUGUAAGGCAUUCGUCUUUGUUAAAGGGCCGGAAUUCUUCAGCACUUUUCUGUAUUUCUCUCUUUUUUUUCCCUCUCCCCCCUUUCUCUCUCUCUCUCUCUCUCUCUCUCUCUCUCUCUCUCUCUCUCUCUCUCUCUCUCUCCCAUCAAUAUGAAUAUGACUAUUUAAAUACGUUAGCAGGGGUUGUGCAUUGAUCAAAAUGUCUUAUUUAGGUCAAUGUGAAGUGGUAGAUUUCCAUCUACAGUACAAAUGUUUACACUCUGGCUUUUUUAAAAAAAAUGUUGUUAUUUAGGAGAUUGCCCGCACAAGCGCUACUUGCUUCAUGGUUUGUGUUCCAUUUGUUUCCAUUUUGUUUUCUGUUGCCUGCCAUUUUGGUUGGGUCCUGGUUCCGGUCAUACUAAAUAAUACAAGUAUGUAUUGUGAGGGCCCCUGAAUUGCCUAAACAUCUAUGGUAAAAUGAUUACAAAAAAUGUUGAAAGCAAUACACAUUUGCUAAGGUCCUGCAAUAUGGGUCCGCAGGCCAUUGGUUAAAGGAACAGUUACAAUCAUGAUGUGUAUGUGCACCGCAGUUCAGCCUCUAAAUUCUGAAGUAGGUCUCCUGGCAUCAACCCUCAGAUCUGAUUUUGUAAAAUACAUAUUACAUUUUAAUCAGGAUAUUGAAGUAUGAUCUGUUUGAAUUAGAAGGUGAAGGCCUUUUAGUAAUAAUUACAGCAGACCUAAAAUAUACAGAACAGCUGUGAUUUUACUUUCAGGAUAUUUUUGAUCAUUUGUAUAGAGGAGCGACGCUGCAAUGUCCUUAACCAAUCACUUAGCACAGAGAAGUCAAGCGAGAGGUCACAUUCUUGGCAUGUUCCCUCUCAAAACAGUUGUUUUGCCCAGGCCCAAUUCCUCUCAGUAAUUAGUACAUUUUGUGCAGAUGGGUAAAAAUGAUUAGCAAAUGAUUGAUCCAUGCAAAGACACAUGUAGAUAGUCCAUUGCCCAUCUUGCUUACCAUCAUGCAACAUUUUUUCUUUGUUAUCGUAGCGCAGUGUAGAUGGAUGUAAAAGCAGGUUAAUCUGUGUGGCAUUUUUUACCUGUUAUGCUCUCAGUUUAGACAUGCGUGCAGUCACGAUGGAAAUGGGCCGAGAACAAAAUGCUCUUUAACAUUCAUAUCUUAACCACGUGUACCAUACAUGUUUCUGGAACCACACACUACAUAUUCACUUGUGAACAACGCACUCUCAUCAGGUGCUUCACUGCGUCAUUGAUAGCACUGUGGUCUCUUUGUAAACAUCAGGUAGCUCUGCCCUACCACACUAAGGGUUCCUCUUUAGUGGAAACGUGAUUCAGCCCAACCCAAAGCCCAGUACUGUAAAAUCUUUUGGAGCAUCGAGCGAGUGAGCUCCUGCUCCUAAACCGCUUUGCACAGGCAUGAGACCUCAAAUGAACCUGCACCCCUUUUGAGUGGUUUGGUUUCUAUGAGUAGGAAAAUCCUUUUCUUUUUGCUCAGUUGUGUUGACCUUUGCCCUUCUUCCCUCUGUUGGUUGUCAGUGGCUUUAAGUGGUUAGUGCAUCGUUGUUCUAUAAUUUCUCCCCUUUCCUUGAAGAAGCACCUAGACCUGUUUUUGUGCUGGUCAGUCAGUUUGCCUUUGAUAGGGUAUAGGAAUGGAUUGUUGUUGUUUUUUUUUUUUUAACCUGUGAACAGAUUAUUGUUUAUUCAUACUGAUAUGAGUCAAAAGAGCUUCAACCAAGAGCUAAGGAGUUGGGAGAUUUCAAACUACAGGAUCUAAGGGCCUCUGAAAGCUAGGGAGUGGUCGACUUGCCCUGCCAACAAACGACCUCUCUGUCGCGCCACUAAUUUCGAUUGGGCCGUGCAGUCAACCUCUUUGUGGGGAAAUGCCUCUUCUGACCAUUCAAAAAAAAAAAUCUGUGUACAUUGUGUCUUUGCUUUGAGCUUCAGCAAUAAAAGUAAAACAAAAAAUAAAACAAUAAUAAAAAAAGUUCAAAGCAGCUAACUGCUGAAACAUGUCGUUAUGUAAAAGUUUAUGUACAAUUGUCAUAUCAAAUGUAUUUGAGAAUUACAUUAAAAUUUUUAACAGUAA